AUGAGAUUCGCUGCUAUUGCCCUCCUUCUAGGAGCCACUAGUGCCUAUGUGGUCACCAACAACAAUGCCAGGAGCGAUGCUGCUGUGGCUGCCCGUAAUGUUGUGAGCGGAAGUGUUUCUGAUAUUGCCCUCGACGCACGGGAUCCUCACCACAAGGGCCGCAAGAACAACCGUCGUGAAGUCGAGGAGGUCGAGGUUGAGGCUCGGGAUCCCCACCACAAGGGAAAGAAGAACAACCGUCGUGAAAUCGAGAUUGAGGAGCGCGAUCCCCAUCAUAAAGGAAAAAAGCAAAACCGUCGCGGAAUCGAAAUCGAGGAGCGUGACCCCCAUCACAAAGGACGCAAGAACAACAAGCGUGAAGUCGACGAAGUUGAGGUCGAGGCUCGCGAUCCUCAUCACAAGGGCAAGAAGCAACAGCGUGAGGUUGAGGUUGAGGCUCGUGAGCCCCACCACAAGGGCAAGAAGCAACAGCGUGAGGUCGAGGUUGAGGCUCGUGAGCCCCACCACAAGGGCAAGAAGCAACAGCGUGAGGUCGAGGUUGAGGCUCGUGAGCCCCACCACAAGGGCAAGAAGCAACAGCGUGAGGUCGAGGUUGAGGCUCGCGAGCCCCACCACAAGGGCAAGAAGCAACAGCGUGAGGUCGAGGUUGAGGCUCGUGAGCCCCACCACAAGGGCAAGAAGCAACAGCGUGAGGUCGAGGUUGAGGCUCGUGAGCCCCACCACAAGGGCAAGAAGCAACAGCGUGAGGUCGAGGUUGAGGCUCGUGAGCCCCACCACAAGGGAAAGAAGCAAAAUCGCGAGGUCGACGUCGAGGCUCGUGACCCUCAUCACAAAGGUCGCAAGGGCAACUAA